UCCUCCUCCUCCUCCCUUUCCUCAAGGUGUAAAUGCCUCACAUGUAUCCCAGCCACCAAAAGAUUACAACUUGCCAGUUGCAGGCACAAACUUUAGUUCUCAGUCUACCCCUUUGGAAAGGUUUCCUCCCUCCUCAGUUCCAUUACAUGACCCCCAUUCUCUUUUUAUGGGCCCACAAAAACCCACUUGGACCUCCUUUCAGGCUUCUUCUUCUUAUGGUUUUCGUCCUGCUCAGUUUCCACAGAAUACCAUGCAUUCUAGAAAUGACUUCCCUCAUGCCAUAACGAGGCCCUACCAACCUGAAGAGCAUGCUCACACUCAGGUUGAGUUUCAUCCUCGAUCUUUCCCUCCAAUGGAGGAGCCUCAUCGUCCUCUUCAGUUGGAAGAUUUCAGACCGAACCCUCCGCCAGCGGACAAAAUUCAGGAUCAGCACUUUGGUGGCCCCAGUUUUGUAAGAGAAGAGCAUUUUACACAUUCUGCAUUGCCUGAACGCAGCCUGUUUCACCCUUCACCUCAUCAAGAUUAUUAUUUGCGUCCUCAAAUUCAGCUCCGAGAUGAACAGCGUUUCCCUCCUGUUCGAGAAGAUGGCCAGAACUUUGAAGCACCCCCUAGCCAAAGGUUUACAUCCCAAUUUCAACUUCAGGGUUUUGCAACUUCCAGUUCCAUUCCAGACAAUAUGCACUCUCAGCCAGUACCCUUUCCUAGAGAUUCACCUGCAAAGCAAGUGCAGUCUUUUUCUAAAGAAGAUUUUGGUGCCAUAUCUAGACAGCCGCCCUAUGGUCUGCAACCUUCUGGCACUGAUGGUUUUUCUUCUCAUUUUGGUACACCAGCGAAGGUUGACUCAUCAAGAUACACAUUAAGUUUAUUGGAGAGCAAUAAGCUAGCUUUCUUAUCUGAUAUUGGAGGAUCAAAAAUUUCAAACACAACUCAUUAUAACCCAUUUGCAUCCACAUUUGAACAGCCACCUGGAGGUGCAAAGUUUAAUUCAAGUUUUUUCAGGCGUGAAUUAGACACAAACUACAGUGGCAACUAUGGAACUUCUUUUGGUCCGAGCCAUGUUCAAGUGGAUGGGCAGGGGUCAAGGCAGACAGCUUCACCCCUGGAUUCUGGUAGGCCUAGAGGGCAGAUUUUACCUAGGGCUGAUGAUUCUUUGCUGGCUGCUGAUCAUGCACACCCAAGGGAUGCUCCGGUGGAAAGUUUUCCUGGCACCCGGUCUCAGUAUGUGAGAGAGUCAAUGGCUGUUGACCAGUAUGAUCCAUUAUUUGACAGUAUUGAGCCUUCUUCAAACACAUCGAGGAAGUUUGACCGUGUUCAAGAACGACAUCUCAACAGUGAUGUUAGCAGGCCUGUUUCUGCCCUUGUGGCUGGUGACUCAGACCUGGUAUCAAGACUUACUGGAUCACAUAAGCCUUUGGAUAUAGCUGAAAACAAUAAGCAGAACGAAGCUGCUGCGGCUGUAACCAGGUCUACAGAAAAUGAUGAAUUUGGUGAGACAGCAGAAGUGGAUGCUGUGGAGAGUGGGAGCCCUCAGCCAGGGGAUGGGAAGAACUGGAGUCCUGGUAGUCAAAAUGUGGCCACAGGAGAUGUUGAAAUUGACCAGGUUCGGAGCCCAGGGAAGAGCAAGAAGAGCAAGGAUUCCAGGUCCAUGAAGCUCUUCAAGAGUGCCAUUGCAGAUUUUGUAAAGGAGGUUUUGAAGCCAUCAUGGCGACAGGGUAACAUGAGCAAAGAAGCUUUCAAGACUAUUGUCAAGAAAACUGUUGAUAAGGUAUCUGGCGCUAUGAAGAGCCACCAAAUACCCAAGUCCCAGGCGAAAAUAAAUCAGUAUGUUGAGUCCUCCCAGCGAAAGCUUACUAAACUUGUGAUGGGCUAUGUUGACAAGUAUGUCAAAUUGUGAUAGUUAUGAAGGUAUUCUGCCGCUGGUCCUUUGUGCAAUGGUGAGAAUAUGAUCAUAUCUGCGGGCUUCUAGUUUUUCUUACAAUAUAAAGUGAUGCCCUUUGGCUGCGGAGGAUUUCGGUGAGAGCUGGAUGGUCAUUUUAUCAGGUGGACUAUAGAACUUAUGGUCAAAUACGUUGAAGAAAAUUUGGCCACUGAAGGGAAAUGAACAUUUGGGGAAGAUAGCUUAGAACGCCUACAUCGGAAGAGCUCUGAAGGAGCUUUAGAUGUUUAUGUGGUCCACUUUGGAUUGUGAGCUUCUCUUUUCUAGUGGCAUCUCCACUUCAUCAGAAUUUUAAUUUUUGUGUAAAUUCUAUUCACUAUUAUUUCUGGGUAAAUUUGAUUUCCCCACAGUUUUCAGUUUUAA